GCCAGUUUGGUGCCAUCGAUCUCAUACGGAAAUAAUUCUGAGAAAUAAUAAGUCACUGCCGGAAACCUACAUUUCUAUAAGAAAUCCGUCGAUUCCUCAUACCUACAUCAUAAACUGUAAUAUUACAUAAAUAUUGUAAAACGUCGGUUAAAUAAUAAAAUAACAUGCUCUCCAGUACCCGAGACCAGGAUCCCAACAUUAUGUAUUUAGAGUGACACGUUCAGAAAUGAUUAUUAUUUACCGGUAUUUUUAUCUUGUUAGGUACGAGUACUAAUAUCGAGUACUUUUAAAGGGUUUAUUUAGUCAAUAAAAAUGAACCAAACCACGUUAAUUAAUAUCAAUUAAGUACCUAUAGAGACGGAUUGUCGGACGGCACAAGUAAACUUAUACUUUACCUGUUGAGUUUAAGUAUUAUUUCCCCCUGUACCGUGCGUUUGUAAUUCAAUCUAUUCCUAUAUCUAGGUAUACUACUAUUACUGACGACGUCGCGUCAGCUGAUCGAUGACUCACGCCGGCCCAUUUACCAGGACAAUCAUAUGUGGACGAGCAUCGCAAUACUACAAACAUUAAAGAAAAGUCGUCAAAGUGCAUUAAAGGACUCGAAACGGCUUGUUCUACAAAUGACAUAAUGACGUCGUAAAUGCACAAUUACCAGCGCUUGUUAAUAGUGUAUGAGCUAUUUGUUGUACAAACUGCAAUCAUGUAGUCGCGAAAGGACUGACAGCAACACUUUCAACCAUAGAGGACCUUAAGUCUUUAUAAAAAGGUAUAGGAUAUGUCAAUGAACAGUGUGGAUGGUAGUCAGACGGUGCGUGCCAGAAACUGACCAUUCGUAACCCUUAUCGCUUCGAGAUAAGGACUAAUGGUCAGUGGUAGUCGCGCGUGCGCGGCUGACCGGCGGCGACCACCGCCGACCGGCAGUGAUCGUUAGCCCGCGCCGCGGCCGCGCGUGCAGCAUGUGACAGGAUGCCGCCCGUGGACCUGUCGGAGGAGGCGUUCACGGUGUUGCAGGAGCCGCCCGUCAACGUGGUGCGGCCGCUGCCGCGCGCCGACAUGGUCGCUCCCACACCACACUCCCUACUCGACCCGAAGUUCUCCCGCGCGCUUGAUUUCAAACUUCGCCGGUUGAAAGAGAAAGAGAUACUCCAGGCGAAUUUACGCAGACCUACACGGAGAGCGCGCGCGGCGCCGCUUGCCGCUUCCAAUCCGAGCUUGGGUUCCAAAGCGCAUAACUGUGUUGAAGGCAUGAGCAGAUCACAUCCACGUAUCGAUGUGAUAGCGCCCGAAGAAGAUGCUUCGCCAACAGGCCCGCCAGCGGAGGCUUCUCCGUCGCCCGGACGUGGCAGCCGGCGCGCUAGACGCCACGCGAGUCCCGGCGACCGGCCGCGCUUCAUCACCACUGUCAAAGUUGGGCAAUUUCUUCCUCCCCCGCCUGAGUUAGCGGAGCUUCUUGGCCUGGAAUCUCUGUACCCGGCACCGGCGCCUGUAGUUUACUCAUACGCGAGCCGGCCGAAGGCGGUGGCCGGGCGUAGUAAACGCGCGGCGCCGGAACGCAAGGAGGCGCCGGUGGCGAAGCGGCCCGCAGCGGGCGAGGUGUUCGGCGGGGUCCGGGCGCUCAUUGCUGGCGUGGCCGGCCUGCGACACAUGGUUGAACAGAGCGAGACCACCGGCAGCAUGGCGGCCGCGGGCGGCGGCAACCUCAUGCACGACAAGCGCAUCGUGCGCGGAAGCACCUUCGCUGCGCACCCCCAAUCUCACGGCGAUGGUAUCGAGAGCGCCGCAGCGAAAGCAGCGCGCACUCGGCGACGCGCGCUCGCCCGGCGCGCCGCCGCCGCGCGCCUGCGGCCUGGCACGCCGCCGCCGGCGCCCGGCCGCCGCCACCACCCCAUCCAGACCGAGUACUACCUCGAGGAGCUGUUCGACAAGGGCGUGGAGAUGGAAGUCGGCGUGCAGACCGACCUGUUCCUCGACCGACCCGCCACGCCGAUUUACGUGCCGGCUAAGACUGGCGCUGAUGCCGCUACGCAGAUCUAUCCCGGAGACUUAUUCGACUUCGACCUGGAAGUGUCUCCGAUCCUGGAGGUGCUGGUGGGGAAGACGACGGAGCAGGCGCUGGCGGAGGUGGCUCAAGAAGAAGAGUUGGCCACCUUGAGGGAGCAGCAACGACGCUACGCAGAGCUCAGGGACGCCGAGCGCGCCGAGCGGCAGCGGCUGGCCGCCAUGGACCAGCGUCUCUACGAGGAGAAAGAGCGGCGCGUGGCGGAGGCGCGCGUGGCGCAGGUGGCGGCCGAGGAGGCGCGCGCGCGGGCCGCGGCGGCGACCCUGGUGCAGGGCUACGUGGCCGAGCUGCUGCCCGCCGUGCUCGCCGGGCUGCGCGACCAGGGCUACUUGCUGGAGCGCGUGCACCGAGGAGUGGAUGAGGAGUUCAUGCCGUGGCUGGUGAACGCUGUGUCCGAAGAGCUGGACUUCGUCAUCACGAGCCGCGACGUCAUCACGGGGAUCGUCCGCGACGUGGUGGAGGCCCGCAACGAACUGUACCGCGCUGCCGCAGAGGCAGAGGCUCAAGUCGUGGAACCGGAGGAAUCCAUCACUCCGCCGUCCACCAAUGAAGAGGAGGAAGAGGAACCAGAAGUGCCGACGUAGAACACAGCUUUUCCACGAGCCCAAUAGGAGGGAUCACGGGCUGGUUCAGACCUCCGAGCCGUAGUUUCGAGAACCCAGACUCAUCACAAGCAAUUUCGCGUGCUGGAUAAUUGGUCUUUGUAAAUAUAGUAGCUGUGACUCCGUCCAUACGCAGGUUUUUAGGAAAGUUAUUACCUACCGAGUAGAUUCUUAGAAAGAUAAUAUAUAACUACAACAAAAAUAACUUAUCUACAACACGUGGUUUAAAUAACGGGCGAGUUAAAGGAAAAUUCUAAUUGUGAGAAUUCCUGCAGUGGCUAUAACAUUUUCGCAAGUCGCCUAAUAGUUAGGGAGGCGAAUAGGGGAAUUUUCGGCAAUACUCGAGCGUGGCAGUUUAAGAUAUGAGAGAUACCUUAGACCUAAUAGAACAACCUUGUAAAGUAUUUAGCUCUAUAUGUAGUGACGCGCGCCUAGGAUA